AGCUGCUGCUGGGACAGAAUAACAGAUGAAAGGUUAGCUAGAGACCUGUAUUAGUAACUUUACCAAAUAUUGACUAUUCAUUGUCAGCAAGAGGAUUUACCCCUGUCUGUGGUAUGAAAAGGUAGCUUUGGCCAUCUCGCCUGAAGUUGUGGUAAGGGGAAUUCAAAGGACUAACAUAAUUAUUCAUGAAGAUAGCUAGCUACGUUACAGUAGAUAGCUGACACGAGGGCAUGAUACGCGUUACAAAACACAUGCAUUUCAAUAAUGCGAAGUAACACACGAAGUUGCUAGUUAGCUAGUAAUGUGAUAUAACAAAUAACAUCGUUUAUGUAAAGAUAUGUUAAUCUUGGGUAGUUUGCUUCCGCUAAUGACUUGCUAGCUAGUUAGCUAACGGUGCAACUAUCUAGUAUAGCUAGCUAACUAGCUAGUUAGAUAUUGUAUGACACAUGUCAACAAACAUCUUUAGCUGAAAGUGGCUAGCUAGCUAAAGAUGUUUGUUGACAUGUGUAAUAAUACAAUAUCUGUCUUGUCAGUGUACGAUUACUCGUGCUUUAGCUAGUGGGUAAUGUUUGUCAACUGAUGGGAUUUUUUGUAGCCAACCACAGUGUUUUUUUUAUUUGCUAGCCAGACAAGUACAGUAGCUAGUCAACUGUUUCAUACAUACGUUUAUUGCUUUCAUAACACAACACUAGUUGCACGUUUUUGUGGGAAGCAAGCAAGUUUUCUCCACGUGCAUGUAAUGAAUAGUCACAGGUAUACGACUCAUGAAGGCUGACAUUUAAUUAUUAUAGCUAUUUUGAAGUUGUGUUGCUGUCUACAUUUCAGUUAGCAAGGUGUGUGUUUCUGGGGAAAGUAAUGAUAAUAUGCUCUUUCUAAGUAUCUAGCAUUUGUCCUGGUUAAGGCACAUACUCGGGCACUAGGGCUAUUGAAUAUGUCAAGUAACAGACAUGUCCAUAUUGGGGAUAAGGACAACUUAUAGUGUAUAUAUGAGGUUCCAUUUGAUAGUGCACAAAGUAUGACAAACAUUCCACCUUUGUAAUUUGCGUACUUUCUUCAAGAUCAGAAAGCUGAAGCAUGGAUUCGGCUCAGGGGAACUUCUCUCCACUCAAACACUUUGUAGUGGCCAAAAAGAAGAUCUGUGAUGUGUUUGAGCAACUGCUGGAGUAUGUGAAGGAAGGCUCAUUGUUUGUAGAAGGUGAGUGUGUAUAGUAAAUCAGGUGUGUUGGCAACAUUUCAAUGCCAAAGUAGGCUAAGUAAUAAAAUGUGGAAGUGCUUUUUCUUAUGUCGUGAGUACACUGUUCUCUUCUCACUUUUCCUUGUUGUGUGAUUGUCAGAAACGUGUCAGAAUGAAGCCUUGGAGAACAUUGCAAGUCAUAACCAACAGGAGCAGAUUCAGGCGUAUGCUGGCAAACUGCAAACUAUCAAAGAUGUGCUGGCACGCAGACACAUGAAGGUGGCCUUCUUUGGCAGGUAAAUAAGUGUAGUCGAAUGCAUUUUGAUUUCUCCACCGUUUUGCAUAUGCUUAGUUUGAGUGUAGUGUACACAGUACACGAAGUUGGGAUCCUUAACUUUAAGAAAAAUCCGUAAUCCGUUGUUUUUUCCCCCACUUAAUUAAAAUCACAGUUCAGUUAUCACAAAACAUAUUAUUUUACGUGUUAUAGCUGAUAGGCUAUAAAGGCCUGGGGAAGUUGUGUAAUUCAAAUAAAACCAGAUAGGAAGAGGCAAACUUUAGGCUACUUGGUGAAUUUGCAAGACAAGACAUUGCGAGAUGCAGAUUACUAAAACAUAUGAGCACGUUUCUGCCUUCUUCUGCCUCUCUCCCUCUUGCUGGCCUGCCUGCUAAUGAUGCAAGUGUGUUCAGUCUUCGGUCUGUUGUGUGUAGAAUAUCCUAGCCUAUUCAUGGCACCGAUGUCUUCGGGCCAGUCUUGCGAGCAAAGGGUAGCCUACUUAGUUUUUGCCUCAUAAAAUUACAGUAGACUACUGGUAGCCUGUAUCGAUUACGUUUUUUCAGACAUAAUGAAAUGUGGCCCCUUGAAAGGGCCUCAGCAAUGGUAUGUUUGUUUGUCUGUCUGUUGGGGUAGGCUACACUACAGUUUUUUUAAUGCGGACACGAAACCUUCUCUGGUGAUAUUAACAGAUAUUAAAGUCCAUCAAUAGACAACCAGAACUGUCAGUCAAAUAAUUUCAAGCUGCUGCGCCAAGCCUGCUGCCUGCGCGCAGACCACUCUCUCCCAAAAAAGUACCAAAACAUUGAGUAGAAAUAUAACACAUCUAGCUACCAUACCAUAAACAACGGCAUAAAAACAACACAGCAGCAGACCAGUCAGCAACGUUUAUUGUUACAGAAGAUUUACGCUGGAGCAGAAUUCUACUGUACAGACCUCAAUUGUUGCUAACGACAUGUUACUGUAGCUGCAUUCUAUGUCUGUAAAGGGUGGUAGUAGAUAUAACUUCAUUGCCCGGCCUUAGCGGUCAUACAUACGUAAUCUGACCAUUAUUCGGCAUUGUAAAUUGACGUGGAUUUUUUUGGGCCAUUUGAAACUUUAAGCAAAAUUAUCCAUUUGUCAAAUCCCUAGUACACAGCUUAGAGGCUAGAAAAGAAAUGUGUCUAGAUAGCGCACAACCGCAGUUGAGCAGAGAUCAAUGCAUCAUGACAUCGAGUUUUGCUUUUAUUGAUCAGUUAAGAUUAUUCUUAUUACACCAUGGAUACAAAGCACUGUAUUGUACUGUAGUAGAUGCUUAUUUCCCACGCUUUCAGCAUUGCUAAUUGAGGAUGAUGAAGAAAGUGUGAUGUGCAACUUAGCUUUCAGUUUCCUUUUUAUUGCUGGUUCAUUGAAGCACACUUUAGGCACGGCCGGCCCGCUCAUUAGGCAGGAUUAGGCGGCAGAUUGACGAGGGCGGCAUUUCCUGAGCUAAACUGACUAAGACGUACCUCCAACAACACAUAAAACCUCACAUAAUUCUGUCCAAAAACCAUGACAAUGUCUCUCAACCAGUGGCAUAAGGGCUUUUUAGGUGAGCGCUUUGAUAAGCAGUACCCACUUUGUCAAAGGCAGGGGCACAAAAUAUUUUGCUUGUCCGUUCCCAGCGUGCCUCUCCAGGGUGCUGUUGGGGAGACGCGUCUCUGCAGCACACCACCAACGUUCCGUCAAAAAUAUCAUCUAACAUAAAUCAUGUAGCAGAUAUAGGAUAUAGUAGAAAGAGUAUGUGGCCUUUUCUGUAGCCUACAGGCUGGAGAUAAAAUGUAUGACAAUGUAAUGAAAGGGACACUAUUUACAUCAUGCAGGUUUCUCCGAUCAAAUAGCCUAACCCAAAUGGCGCUCAAUCAAAGAAAAAAUGAGCUGUCAUGUUAACAAACAACAUAUCCUAAAAACAGGACAGGUCAAAGUAAAAUGGACAAUAUGGAAUGGACAAUCACAACUGUUGUCCAGGAGUUUCACCUCAUUGUCAUGAUCAGUGGUUUCAAGUUUGAUUCCGUCAGUUUUUGACAAGCUGAUCAUAGCUAAAUAUAAAAUACUUUUGCAUUUCCCGCUGUGUAAACACGUUGCAAAUAGGCUUGCGAUAACUCCUGAUAAAGUUGGGUAGUUGAUAUUCAGAGCUUAAAUAGCCAAAUUGAUUAGUCACAAGAAUCAGGACUGAUAAAGCCAAUGCAAUGGCCUGUUUUACAAAUGGUUGGCCUACCACAUGGAUGGGUAUUCAUAAAAUUCCAUUGCAGGCAACACUGUAGGCUACAGCCCAGUAUGCACGAGCCGACGCCUUUUGGACAUAUUUUUUUGGUCCUGUCCAGACGCUGUUUUUUGGUGUUUUACAAAUGGUAGGCUUACCACAUAAAUGGGCAUUCAUAAAAUUCAAUUUCAGGCAACACUGUAGGCUACACCUCAGUAAGCACGGACCGAUGCCCGACGCCUUUUGGAUGUCUUUUUUUGGUGUAGUUCCAGACCGGCCUUGAUUUACACAUCCACAGACAUUGGUUUUUGGUCUGGUCCGGACCAAAUCUGAACCAAACAUAUUUAACAUUUUUAUUUAACUAGGCAAGUCAGUUAAGAACAAAUUCUUAUUUACAAUGACGGCCUACCCUGGCCAAACCCGGACGACGCUGGGCCAAUUGUGCGACAUCUAUAUUUGGUGUGGUCCAGACCUGCCUUGAUUUCAACGUCCACGGACAUAGAUUUUUGGUCCGGUCCAUCAUAGAUGUCUAUGUUUGGUUCAGAUUUUUUUCCGGUCAGGACCAGCCUUGAUUUGGCCCAAACAUAGACGUCUAUAAAUUACUUAUUUUCAACUUUCAUUCAGAACCAAAAAUGAGCCUGAUUUCAACAUCUGAAAAAUACAUAUUUUCAACAUACGAAAAAUACCUUUUCACCUUUCUUUCUUUAUUUUUUUUCUUUUUUUUGUCAUUUAGCAGACGCUCUUAUCCAGAGCGACUUACAGGAGCAAUUAGGGUUAAGUACCUUGCUCAAGGGCACAUCGACAGAUUUUUCACCUAGUCGGCUCGGGGAUUAGAACCAGCGACCUUUCGGUUACUGGCACAACGCUCUUAACCACUAAGCUACCUGCCGCCCUAAAUUGAACCAAACUUCAAUGUCUGGAAAAUAUGUAUUUUAGAUAUCUUUUCAACGUCAUUUUGCUUACUGGGACUAUUGUAGUUUUGCGAGGGGUGUCAUUUUCGGGUCUCGCCAAUGGUGGCAGAAUGGCAAGGACCGGCCCUGACUUUAGGGAUGGGCGGUAUCCAGAUGUUCAUACCGUCACACCGGAGUAUACGGUAUUACCGGAAGUGCACACAAGGGGUGCUAUUUUUUUGGGGUGACGCACAAAACAAUUUUAUGCUGUCUCUGCUGUAACCAAGAAGCUUUCUCUUGAGAUCUUGCCACUUAGCUAUUUGACACGUCUUAGAUUUCUUAUAGAUAUACUUAACUCAUAGUUAUAAGCAGUGGCGUAGUACGCACCUCCACAGCCCCUGCGUGGCAGGAGUGUCCCCAAUCCCCCAAAAAAGUACUUUCUUUUUUAUGGUAUUGAAAAUAAUACCGUCUGUAUUUCGAAAUACCCCGGUAUACGGUAUAUCGCCCAAUCCUAGCACACCUGCAUUGAAACGGCUCCACUCCCACAGAUAAAAUCUUACAAAACCAAUCCUCUUUUUGAAAAGUCUCAACCUUUGUGUAUACAUACAAACUAGCUAUUGGACAUGAUUCAACGUUACAUAACUGCCUAUUCAUUAUCCAGUAAAUCACAUCUGGCCAACAUUUCUGUAAUAAUUCAUUCCUGACUUUGAUUAGAGGUUCUUUGAGAUUGUAUGUAUGAGGUAAAAUAAUAGUAGUUAGACUUCCUCUUACAUGAUCUUCUGUGCCUAGGACGAGUAAUGGGAAGAGUACAGUGGUUAAUGCCAUGCUGAGGGACCGGGUGCUGCCCAGUGGCAUGGGUCACACCACCAACUGCUUCCUGAGUGUGGAGGGCACGGACGCGGACCACGCCUACCUCAAGACCGAGGGCUCAGAGGAGGAGAAGAGCAUCAAGGUAAGUUCACUGGAGAUGAUGUGGAUAUACUGGCAUAGGCCUAGAUGCAUGGAAGAUUAGGCUAGCUCUUAUUACCACUCAUUCAGUAGGCAAAACAUCCUCAGUGAGGUUGGAAAUGGGUUACUUGAAGAUUAACUCGUUUUACCACUCAUAAAGUGUACCCUCACAGUCACGUUUUGUUUUGAUUUGAUUUCUGACUAAGCAAUUAAUCAUUAAACAAAUUUAGUCUAGAUAAGGUUAAAGCAAUCAGGACAGGCACAGGUAAACAGUAAACGUUAACUAAUGGAUAUUUUUAUAAGUAUCGAGUGGUAGUCCACGCUUGAAGACGUAACUUUCUACUACAUUGGAAAAAUAUUUAAAAAACUAUGGAUUUCAACACCCAACCAAAACCCUGCAGUAACACAGGACAAACAUAGGUACAAGGAAAGCAUUAAAGAAUGGACAUUAUAGUGACUCGAUGUAGUGGCAGUACACUUUUCUGGGCGCAUCACGCUUGAACCCUGUAUGGAAGCUAUCCAUAAUACAGAGAUCUAAGCUAAAGCUACCCUCAGCCUAAACCUAUUAGCCAUGAUAUAGUCCACUGUCUAUUGGAAAAUGCUGUAGAGACCUUUAGAACCAUUGUAAGAAAAAUUUAGAAAGAAAUCAGCAUUGAUACUUUUCCUCCAGUUGAUUUUAACACUCAAACAAAUGAAAUGUUUACACAUCUGCGUCCAGGGGACCAGAGCAUUAGCAUUUGUAGAAUUUGUGUUAUCGAACAGUAUUUUUUUAAUGGAAAGAGAUGCCUCUCCUUCACGUGCAGUAUUUUUUUAUUUAAUAGCACCUCUACUCUGGUUGUUUGAGAAAAAAUAACUAUAUUUGAUUCUGCCAUUGAACAUUACAUACAAAUUGUCAGGCAAGCAAAGUUUGAGAUUGAUUGAAAUCCAGUAAAUGAUACUGUGACUUCUUCUCUCUUUCUAGACUGUGAACCAGCUGGGUCACGCACUACACAUGGACGAGAGUCUGGACGCAGGCUGCCUGGUCCGAGUCUUUUGGCCCAAGACCAAGUGUGCCCUGCUCAGAGACGACCUGGUCCUCGUAGACAGGUACGGCAACGGAAUGCUGCCAAUGACCCCACAACUUCCCGAGGUCCCCAACCUCCCGAGUGGCGCAGUGGUCUAAGGCACUGCAUCGCAGUGCUAGCUGUGCCACUAGAGAUCCUGGUUCGAAUCCAGGCUCUGUCGUAGCCGGCCGCGACCGGGAGACCCAUGGGGCGGCGCGCAAUUGGCCCAGCGUUGUCCAGGGUAGGGGAGGGAAUGGCCGGCAGGGAUGUAGUUCAGUUGGUAGAGCAUGGCGUUUGCAACGCCAGGGUUGUGGAUUUGAUUCCCACGGGGGCCAGUAUGAAAAAACAAAACAAAAAAAGUGUAUGCACUCACUAACUGUAAGUCGCUCUGGAUAAGAGCGUCUGCUAAAUGACUAAAAUGUAAAUGUAAAUGUAAACUUGACCUCCAUUUACACCGCUGGUCCUAAGAGUAGGGCCCUAUAAAAUCAGCGAUGUGGAGGACACGGACGGAAUCACAGAAUCCAGACAUUAAAAUGGAAUUCAACAAUAUUCUAAAAUGUAUUGAACUUGGUAGGGAAUCAACUAAAUGUAUUGAAAAUUAAUUCAUUUUUCCAAGUUUAUCUUAAGACAUGAACAGAAUGCAUAAGUGAUUCGUAUUUCCUGCAACUUUCUGAAGAGGCAACGAGAAUUGAUAUGAAUAUUAUUUGCAUCAAUCUAGUAGUUAUUUCUAUAUCUACCAUCCCGUGUGCUACAAAAGCUAAAUUUUCUAUUGGUGCCACUUGUUAAAUCCACUUCAAUCAGUGUAGAUGAAGGGGAGGAGACAGGUUAAAGGAUAAUUUUCAAGCCUUAAGACAAUUGAGACAUGGAUUGUGUGAGUGUGCCUUUCAGAGGGUGAAUUGGCAAGACAAAAUAUUAAAGUUCCUUUGAAUGGCGUAUGGUAGUAUGUUUGUGUCAAAAACUGCAACGCUGCUGGGUUUUUCAUGCUCAACAGUUUCCCGUGUGUAUCAAGAAUGGUCCACCACCAAAAGGACAUCCAGCCUACUUGACACAACUGUGGAAAGCAUUGGAGUCAACAUGGGCCAGUAUCCCUGUGGAACGCUUUCGACACCUUGUAGAGUACAUACCCCGAUGAAUUGAGGCUAAAGGGGGGCUGUGCAACUCAAUUUUUGGUAUGCUCAGUGUAUACAGGGUCAGUGCCAAUACCAUAUUUAUAAUGUGCAGGGAUACUGGAGUGGUAGGGGUAGAUAUGUAUAGGUCCUUCCAUUCCUGAGGGGGAAUAGGUGAUGUCGCGGCUUCUUCACGACUGUUUGCGUAAGUGUGGACCAUUUUAAGUCCUUAGUGAUUUGGACACCGAAGAACUUGAAGCUCUCGACCCGCUCCACUGUAGCCCUGUCGAUGUGGACGGGGGCGUGCUCGCCCCUCCAUUUCCUGUAGUCCACGAUCAGCUCCUUGGUCUUACUGACGUUGAUAGGCUAUAUAGCUAGAUAUGGCUUUAUAGCUACAUAUAUGCUAGAUAUUGUAUGUAUUUGUUAUUCAAAUAAACACUGAUGAACUGUGUAUGUGAUCACCUAUCAACUGAACAGCGAUAGAAGACUGAAGAAGUGAACCCACAUGAAUCUGUUUUGCUUUCCUGUAUAUGAGGAUUGCAAUUGUAACUAUGCCAUACGGUAUGAUCUGAACUAUUGCUAAGUAGCCUAACUAGAAUAGCCAUCAACCACCAGUGUCCCAAGUCCCAUGGGAAGGAUUGACCAUCACUAAGCAGAGGUUGACUAAACUGUAUUACUAGAAGUUAUGAACUUGACUUUCUAACCCCAUCCUCCAUCUUCUUUAGCCCUGGGACAGAUGUCACCACGCAGCUGGACAGCUGGAUCGACAAGUUCUGCCUGGAUGCCGAUGUCUUCGUGCUGGUUGCAAACUCCGAAUCAACUCUCAUGAACACGGUAAGAGUGCUCACAAGCUGACCAAUCCCCAUGGGAUCUAGACAGAUCUGACCAAUCCCGAUGGGAUCUUGACAGAGCUGACAAAUCACGUGGGUUUAGAUAGAUUUGAUCAAUGCGUCCAUCUGAAACAUUGACAAACGUGUUAAGUAGCAGAGCUUCCAAGAGCACAUAUAGCUCUGUGUGCUUAGUUUGGGAUAUGAGUUUCUCAUUCCCCAAUUUGUUUUCAUGGAUUCCUUUGAGUUAUUUUUCAACCACAAACAAGUUAGUCUUUCUGGAGAAAGGAAAUACAAAAUGAUUUGAUUUGGUCAUGUUCACAAAUCUGUAUUUUUGUUGUAUUUUACCCCCUUUUUUCUUUCGAUCUUGUCUCAUCGCUGCAACUCCCCAACGUGCUCGGGAGAGGCGAAGGUGGAGUCAUGCGUCCUCCGAAACAUGACCUGCCUAACCGUGCUCCUUAACACCCGCCAGCUUAACCCGGAAGCCAGCCGCACCAAAACAUCCCCACAGCAUGAUGCUGCCACCACCAUGCUUCACCGUAGUGAUGGUGCCAGGUUUCCUCCAGAUGUGAUGCUUGUCAUUCAGGUCAAAGAGUUCAAUAUUGGUUUAAUCAGAACAGAGAAUCUUGUUUCUCAUGGUCUGAGUCCUUUAAGUGCCUUUUGGCAAACUUCAAGCAGGCUGUCAUGUGCCUUUUACUGAGGAGCGGCUUCCGUCUGGCCACUCUACCAUAAAGGCCUGAUUGGUGGAGUGCUGCAGAGAUGGUUGUCCUUCUGGAAGGUUCUCCCAUCUCCACAGAGGAACUCUGGAGCUCAUUCAGAGUGACCAUCGGGUUCUUGGUCACCUCCCUGAUCAAGGCCCUUCUCCCCCGAUUGCUCAGGGCGGCCAGCGCUAGGAAGAGUCUAGGUGGUUCCAAACUUCUUCCAUUUAAUAAUGAUGGAGGCCACUGUGUUCUUGGAGACCUUCAAUGCUGCAGAAAUGUUUUUGGUACCCUUCUCCAGACCUGUGCCUCGACACAAUCCUGUCUCGGGGCUCUACGGACAAUUCCUUCGACCUCAUUGCUUGGUUUUUGCUCUGACAUGCACUGUCAACUAUGGGACCUUAUAUAGACAGAUGUGUGCCUUUCCAAAUCAUGUCCAAUCAAUUGAAUUUACCACAGGUGGACUCUUCCAAUCCAGUUGUAGAAGCAUCUCAAGGAUGAUCAAUGGAAAAAGGAUGCACCUGAGCUUAAUUUUGAGUGUCAUAGCAAAGGGUCUGAAUACUUAUGUAAAUAAGGUCUUUCUGUUUUUAAUUUUUAAUACAUUUGCAAGCAUUUCGAAAAACCUGUUUUCGCUUUGCCAUUUUGGGGUAUUGUAUGUAAAUUGAUGAGGAAAAAAAUAAUUUAAUCAAUUUUAGAAUAAGGCUGUAAUGUAACAAAAUGUGGAACAAAUCAAGGGGUCUGAAUACUUUCCGAAUACACUAUGUGUUCUAUGAAGCAACAAAUUAGCAAAAUUGUUAUUUGACGCAACUAGAAGGAAUUAUCAACAUAUGUCAACAAUGCGUUCAAGAAAAGCUGUACAUAUUAAGCAGGUUGUGUAAGAAUGAUGCCUCCUUAAUCUAAUUGUAUUUCACUUUAACUAAGAGUGAGAAUUGGUAUGUGAACUGACAGACACUAAAGGAAGUGUUUUCUUGUGAGGAAGAAGAGGUUGUUUUCUUUCCAACGCUUGUUAUAGUCAACAGUGCUAGGAUACGGCCGGCUCCAUUUUGGUCCAGCACUCAGGACCAGCUGUGUUUGUCUGCCGAGGCAUUCACGGUAUGUCAGGGCACAUAGUCAAUCACUGAGCUCGCUCGUUAUCUGUGCCAAAUCUCUUCAAGGGAAAGGCCCUGUUUCCCCUCCGCUCACUAUUGGACUAUGCACCCUAGGAUACUCAGCCUCUGUUUAAUUAAAUCAUAGAACCCUAUAUAGUUUAAGUAUUCUACAAAGUACAUUAGAUUAGCAUUAUUUGACUGAUAAUACUAUGCUCUUGGACAAACACAUAAUUUCUCAUUCAAGUGAAUAAGUACUUGUUCUGGCUAAGUUUAGUUCUGAAUGAAACUCAACUAUUUGAUAAACAACAGACAAUACGUCUUUCAAUGAAUGGAGCCCUUCUCUAGCUAAUUAGCCGAUGACCCAUCUUUGUGACACUUGACAAAUGCCCUUGACACAUCUCCUUCCCGUAUAGACUGAGUGAGUGUGUGUACUGCAUGUUCGUUGGUGCACUAACUAUUUCUGACCGUGCAUUUUUGUGUGUCCUCCAGGAGAAGCAUUUCUUCCACAAGGUGAACGAGAAACUCUCCAAACCUAACAUCUUCAUCCUCAACAACCGCUGGGACGCCUCGGCCAACGAGCCAGAGUACAUGGAGGAUGUGAGUGUCUUACCAAGAAUAACAGGGCAUUAAUCGAUUUUUAGAAAGUUCAGAAUAGUAGAAUUAGCCACUGAUGCUGAAAUAGGGUUGGGCAGUAUCAAGAUUUCCAUACCUUCAUACUGUUCCUGUACCAUACCGGGGUAUAUGGUGUUACUGGCAGUGCAGACAAGGGGACGCUAUUUUUUUUUUUUUAAAGAAAUACAUGUGUACAGUCGUGGUCAAAAGUUUUGAGAAUGACACAAGUAUUGGUCUUCACAAAGUUCGCUGCUUCAGUGUUAUGAUAUGUUUUUGUCAGAUGUUACUAUGGUAUACUGAAGUAUAAUUACAAGCAUUCCAUAAGUGUCAAAGGCUUUUAUUGACAAUUACAUGAAGUUUAUGCAAAGAGUCAAUAUUUGCAGUGUUGACCCUUCUUUUUCAAGACCUCUGCAAUCUGCCCUGGCAUGCUGUCAAUUAACUUCUGGGCCACAUCCUGACUGAUGGCAGCCCAUUCUUGCAUAAUCAAUGCUUGGAGUUUGUCAGAAUUUGUGGGUUUUUGUUUGUCCACCCGCCUCUUGAGGAUCGACCACAAGUUCUCAAUGGGAUUAAGGUCUGGGGAGUUUCUUGGCCAUGGACCCAAAAUGUUGAUAUUUUGUUCCCCGAGCCACUUAGUUAUCACUUUUGCUUAAUGGCAAGGUGCUCCAUCAUGCUGGAAAAGGCAUUGGUCAUCACCAAACUGUUCUUGGAUGGUUGAAGAAGUUGCUCUCGGAGGAUGUGUUGGUACCAUUCUUAAUUGAUGGCUGUGUUCUUAGGCAAAAUUGUGAGUGAGCCCACUCCCUUGGCUGAGAAGCAACCCCACACAUGAAUGGUCUCAGGAUGCUUUACUGUUGGCAUGACACAGGACUGAUGGUAGCGCUCACCUCGUCUUCUCCGGACAAGGUGUUUUCCGGAUGCCCCAAACAAUCGGAAAGGAGAUUCAUCAGAGAAAAUGACUUUACCCCAGUCCUCAGCAGUCCAAUCCCUGUACCUUUUGCAGAAUAUCAGUCUGUCCCUUAUGUUUUUCCUGGAGAGAAGUGGCUUCUUUGCUGCCCUUCUUGACAACAGGCCAUCCUCCAAAAGUCUUCGCCUCACUGUGCGUGCAGAUGCACUCACACCUGCCUGCUGCCAUUCCUGAGCAAGCUCUGCACUGGUGGUGCCCCGAUCCCGCAGCUGAAUCAACUUUAGGAGACGGUCCUGGCGCUUGCUGGACUUUCUUGGGCGACCUGAUGUCUUGCAAUGAUGACGGCACGUGGUUCCUUGCAGGUAACCAUGGUUAACAGAGGAAGAACAAUGAUUUCAAGCACCACCCUCCUUUUAAAGCUUCCAGUCUGUUAUUCUAACUCAAUCAGCAUGACAGAGUGAUCUCCAGCCUUGUCCUCGUCAACACUCUCACCUGUGUUAACGAGAGAAUCACUGACAUGAUGGCAGCUGGUCCUUUUGUGGUAGGGCUGAAAUGCAGUGGAAAUGUUUUUGGGGGAUUAAGUUCAUUUUCAUGGCAAAGAGGGACUUUGCAAUUAAUUGCAAUUCAUCUGAUCACUCUUCAUGACAUUCUGGAGUAUAUGCAAAUUGCCAUCAUCAAAACUGAGGCAGCAAACUUUGUGAAAAUUAGUAUUUGUGUCAUUCUCAAAACUUUUGACCACGACUGUAUAUAUAGUUUUGAUGUCUUCACUAUUAUUCUACAAUAUAGAAAAUAGUACAAAUAAAGAAAAACCUUUGAAUGAGUAGGUGUGUCCAAACCUUUGACUGGUACUGUAUAUAUACAGUUGAAGUCGGAAGUUUACAUACACCUUAGCCAAAUACAUUUAAACUCAGUUUUUCACAAUUCCUGACAUUUAAUCCUAGUAAAAAUUAGGAUCACCACUUUAUUUUAAGAAUGUGCAAUGUCAGAAUAAAAGUAGAGAGAAUGAUUUAUUUCAGCUUUUAUUUAUUUCAUCACAUUCCCAGUGGGUCAGAAGUUUACAUACACUCAGCAAGCAACAUCUUAACACAUCAAUCAGGAAGCUAAAGCUUGGUCGCAAAUGGGUCUUCCAAAUGGACAAUGACCCCAAGCAUACUUCCAAAGUUGUGGCAAAAUGGCUUAAGGACAACAAAGCCAAGGUAUUGGAGUGCCCAUCAAAGCUCUGACCUCAAUCCUUUAGAAAAUUUGUGGGCAGAACUGAAAAAGCGUGUGCGAGCAAGGAGGCCUACAAACCUGAUUCAGUUACACCAGCUCUGUCAGGAGGAAUGGCCAAAAUUCACCCAACUUAUUGUGGGAAGCUUGUGGAAGGCUACCCGAAACGUUUGACCCAAGUUAAACAAUUUAAAGGCAAUGCUACCAAAUACUAAUUGAGUGUAUGUAAACUUCUGACCCACUGGGAAUGUGAUGAAAGAAAUAAAAGCUGAAAUAAAUCAUUCUCUCUACUGUUAUUCUGACAUUUCACAUUCUUAAAAUAAAGUGGUGAUCCUAACUGACCUAAAACAGGGAAUUUUUACUAGGAUUAAAUGUCAGGAAUUGUGAAACUUAGAUGUAUUUGGCUAAGGUGUAUGUAAACUUACAACUUCAACUGUAUUUCAAAAUACCCUGGUACCGUAUACCAGUGGCUGUCUGUGCCGUUUAAGAUGAGGGAGGAUGGUAAUUGUUUUGAUGAACAUGGCUUAUUUCUAUUACAGCAUAUUGAAUGACUGUCAUUCAUAUUCCAUUCACCCAGCUCAAUGUAACGUCGAUAGGUUUAGGCGACUACAUGAUACUCAAAUUUACCCUGUACCCAUCAUGAGGUUGCUACAACCUAGCCUAUGAAUAAAAGUUUACAACAUACGUGCACAGGUCGAAAUAAUUUUGAGUAAUCAAGGUGACAGACAGUGACACAUUCAAUACCACCUUGCCCACUCUUGCCUGCAUCUAGCUGAUCUAUGGUGUAAUCAUUAGUCUAACAGUCGCAAACGAGUUUCUAUUGGGCAAAUUCAGGUAUGAUUAUCCCCGUUCCAUUUGCUUCCGUUUCAGAAACGUUUUUCAACAGAAUCGGCACAAGGAAUACACCCGAUCACACGCAAACACAGUUCACUUUCAUAGCAGCCGCAUACAAACAGCUCGUUUUAUAUAUAGCUAAUUCCUUCUCGCAUCUAUCUACGCUCUCGCCUCGCACCUUUUCCUUUUAAUUGUGGACUUCAGUGCACAACACAUAUCAUGACCGCUAACCGCUACACACAGCCUACAUUGUUAUCACGUCAUGGUCAACAUACAGUUUAUUUGAACAGUGAGAGACAGAAUAACAACAAAAAAAUCCAGCAAAACGCUUGUCAAAAAUGUUAUAAAUUGAUUUGCAUUUUAAUGAGGGAAAUAAGUAUUUGACCCCUCUGCAAAACAUGACUUAGUACUUGGUGGCAAAACCUUUGUUGGCAAUCACAGAGGUCAGAUGUUUAUUGUAGUUGGCCACCAGGUUUGUACACAUCUCAGGAGGGAUUUUGUUCCACUCCUCUUUGCAGAUUUUCUCCAAGUCAUUAAGGUUUCGAGGCUGACGUUUGGCAAGUCAAACCUUCAGCUCCCUCCACAGAUUUUCUAUGGGAUUAAGGUCUGGAGACUGGCUAGGCCACUCCAGGACCUUAAUGUGCUUCUUCUUGAGCCACUCCUUUGUUGCCUUGGCCGUGUGUUUUGGGUCAUUGUCAUGCUGGAAUACCCAUCCACGACCCAUUUUCAAUGCUCUGGCUGAGGGAAGGAGGUUCUCACCCAAGAUUUGACGGUACAUGGCCCCGUCCAUCGUCCCUUUGAUGCGGUGAAGUUGUCCUGUCCCCUUAGCAGAAAAACACCCCCAAAGCAUUAUGUUUCCACCUCCAUGUUUGACAGUGGGGAUGGUGUUCUUGGAGUCAUAGGCAGCAUUCCUCCUCCUCCAAACACGGCGAGUUGAGUUGAUGCCAAAGAGCUCGAUUUUGGUCUCAUCUGACCACAACACUUUCACCCAGUUCUCCUCUGAAUCAUUCAGAUGUUCAUUGGCAAACUUCAGACGGGCCUGUAUAUGUGCUUUCUUGAGCAGGGGGACCUUGCGGGCGCUGCAGGAUUUCACUCCUUCACGGCAUAGUGUGUUACCAAUUGUUUUCUUGGUGACUAUGGUCCCAGCUGCCUUGAGAUCAUUGACAAGAUCCUCCAGUGUAGUUCUGGGCUGAUUCCUCACCGUUCUCAUGAUCAUUGCAACUCCACGAGGUGAGAUCUUGCAUGGAGCCCCAGGCCGAGGGAGAUUGACAGUGCUUUUGUGUUUCUUCCAUUUGCGAAUAAUCGUACCAACUGUUGUCACCUUCUCACCAAGCUGCUUGGAGAUGGUCUUGUAGCCCAUUCCAGUCUUGUGUAGGUCUACAAUCGUGUCCCUGACAUCCUUGGAGAGCUCUUUGGUCUUGGCCAUGGUGGAGAGUUUGGAAUCUGAUUUGAUUGAUUGCGUCUGUGGACAGGUGUCUUUUAUACAGGUAACAAGCUGAGAUUAGUGCUCCUAAUCUCAGCUCGUUACCUGUAUAAAAGACACCUGGGAGCCAGAAAUCUUUCUGAUUGAGAGGGGGUCAAAUACUUAUUUCCCUCAUUAAAAUGCAAAUCAAUUUAUAACAUUUUUGACAUGCGUUUGUCUGGAUUUUUUUGUUGUUAUUCUGUCUCUCACUGUUCAAAUAAACCUACCAUUAAAAUUAUAGACUGAUCAUUUCUUUGUCAGUGGGCAAACGUACAAAAUCAGCAGGGGAUCAAAUACUUUUUUCCCUCACUGUAGCUACUAGAACUAACGCUUUAGUAAACCCGCUACAAUCAUGCAGUACAGUGUACAGUCAGCAAGCAGUUUAGCAGUUACACCGGCGGGCCCCGGAGGCAAUAAAUUAAUAAAACCUUGACUUGGAAGAGUUCCAGAGUUGGAUAUCCAUAGCCAGCUACAGUGAGGGAAAAAAGUAUUUGAUCCCCUGCUGAUUUUGUAAGUUUGCCCACUGACAAAGAAAUGAUCAGUCUAUAAUUUUAAUGGUAGGUUUAUUUGAACAGUGAGAGACAGAAUAACAACAAUAAAAUCCAGAAAAACGCAUGUCAAAAAUGUUAUAAAUUGAUUUGCAUUUUAAUGAGGGAAAUAAGUAUUUGACCCCCUCUCAAUCAGAAAGAUUUCUGGCUCCCAGGUGUCUUUUAUACAGGUAACGAGCUGAGAUUAGGAGCACACUCUUAAAGGGAGUGCUCCUAAUCUCAGCUUGUUACCUGUAUAAGAGACACCUGUCCACAGAAGCAAUCAAUCAAUCAGAUUCCAAACUCUCCACCAUGGCCAAGACCAAAGAGCUCUCCAAGGAUGUCAGGGACAAGAUUGUAGACCUACACAAGGCUGGAAUGGGCUACAAGACCAUCGGCAAGCAGCUUGGUGAGAAGGUGACAACAGUUGGUGCGAUUAUUCGCAAAUGGAAGAAACACAAAAGAACUGUCAAUCUCCCUCGGCCUGGGGCUCCAUGCAAGAUCUCACCUCAUGGAGUUGUAAUGAUUAUGAGAACGGUGAGGAAUCAGCCCAGAACUACACGGGAGGAUCUUGUCAAUGAUCUCAAGGCAGCUGGGACCAUAGUCACCAAUAAAACAAUUGGUAACACACUACGCCGUGAAGGACUGAAAUCCUGCAGUGCCCGCAAGGUCCUCCUGCUCAAGAAAGCACAUAUACAGGCCCGUCUGAAGUUUGCCAAUGAACAUCUGAAUGAUUCAGAGGAGAACUGGGUGAAAGUGUUGUGGUCAGAUGAGACCAAAAUCGAGCUCUUUGGCAUCAACUCAACUCGCCGUGUUUGGAGGAGGAGGAAUGCUGCCUAUGACCCCAAGAACACCAUCCCCACUGUCAAACAUGGAGGUGGAAACAUUAUGCUUUGGGGGUGUUUUUCUGCUAAGGGGACAGGACAACUUCACCGCAUCAAAGGGACGAUGGACGGGCCAUGUACCGUCAAAUCUUGGGUGAGAACCUCCUUCCCUCAGCCAGGGCAUUGAAAAUGGGUCAUGGAUGGGUAUUCCAGCAUGAAAAUGACCCAAAACACACGGCCAAGGCAACAAAGGAGUGGCUCAAGAAGAAGCACAUUAAGGUCCUGGAGUGGCCUAGCCAGUCUCCAGACCUUAAUACCAUAGAAAAUCUGUGGAGGGAGCUGAAGGUUCGAGUUGCCAAACGUCAGCCUCGAAACCUUAAUGACUUGGAGAAGAUCUGCAAAGAGGAGUUUGACAAAAUCCGUCCUGAGAUGUGUGCAAACCUGGUGGCCAACUACAAGAAAUGUCUGACCUCUGUGAUUGCCAACAAGGGUUUUGUCACCAAGUACUAAGUCAUGUUUUGCAGAGGGUUCAAAUACUUAUUUCCCUCAUUAAAAUGAAAAUCAAUUUAUAACAUUUUUGACAUGCAUUUUUCUGGAUUUUUUUGUUGUUAUUCUGUCUCUCACUGUUCAAAUAAACCUACCAUUACAAUUAUAGGCUGAUCAUGUCUUUGUCAGUGGGCAAACGUACAAAAUCAGCAGGGGAUCAAAUACUUUUUUCCCUCACUGUUUGAGACGGGUGUUUUUGUAGGCUAAACUAGCUAGCUGUGUUCGAUGCUAGCUUAGUAAGUAAAAAAUAAAAAAUAAAUACUACAAAAUAUAACUAGCUCUUUCACUCAAUUUUGGAAUAAAUUAAGUUGUUCACAACUGUUCAACUAUUGUCUUUCUCUCUCUUUGCAUCAACUACUCACCACAUGUUAUGCACUGCAGUGCUAGCUAGCUGUAGCUUACGCUUUCAGAACUAUAGUCAUUCGUUGAUCCUUUGGUUGGGUGGACAACAUGUCCGUUCAUGCUGCAAGAGCUCUGAUAGGUUGGAGGGCGUCCUCCGGAAGUUGUCAUAAUUACUGUGUAAGUCUAUGGAAGGGGUGAGACCAUGAGCCUUCUAGGUUUUGUGUUGAAGUCAAUGUACCCAGAGGAGGACAAAAGCUAGCUGUCCUCCUGCUACACCAUGGCGCUACACCAUGGUGCUACCCUACAGAGUGCUGCUGAGGCUAGUGUUGACCUUCAUUGCAAAACAGUGUGUUUUAAUCAUUUAUUUGGUGACGUCAAUAUAUUUAGUAUUGUUUUAUCAAAAAAUUAUAACCUUUUUAAUGUUUCACUAUUUUUCUACUUUUAUGAAAUUCACUGAGGAGGAUGGCCCUCCCCUUCCUCCUCUGAGGAGCCUCCACUGCCAUAUUUGGUAUACAGUAUACCGCCCAAGCCUAGUGCUGAAGUGCAAAUUAAGUUUAUGGCUCCAUGAGAGUUUUUGUUAUUGCUAUGAGCUUUGUGGUAAUGUUGUUGUAGUGAUGCAGUAAUGUUUCCCCUUACAGGUGCGGAAGCAGCACACGGACCGCUGUGUCAACUUCCUGGUGGAGGAGCUGAAGGUAGUGGACCGGGAGCAGGCGCCCAACCGCAUCUUUUUUGUGUCGGCCAAAGAGGUGCUCAACUCCCGCAUGCAGCGCGCCCAGGGUAUGCCAGAGUCCGGUAAGCCCCGCGGUGGUCAAACCAGGAGGGUGUGGGCGUGUUGAUGGGUGGAUAGCCAAGCGGAUGUGUGUGUGUUGGCAAACCAGGGUGUCCGCAGUGGUCAAACCAGGUGUGUAUGGUUGUUGGUAGGUGGUAGGGAUGUGACAAAUUGUUUUUUCUUAACGUUUAAACUGCAAUUUCUGGGGGGGUUUCCAGUAAAACAAUAAGAAGAAAUCAUAGAAUUUCAUGUGAAUUCACAAUGCUGCUGCCAGCAACGGUUUUGGUCUCACACUGUGUCCCUUUCAGAUGGUUAAGCAUUGCACUUGUACUACCAUUACUGUACCUCAGUUCCGUCUCGCAAAGUUUGCAUUUCCUUCUCAUUUAAGUAUUGCCAUACAGGACUUCGCUGCUGUCGCUUGCCUUUCUCUGCCAUUUUUCCAACUGUUAACAACGAUGACAUAGUGGUGGAGAGUCGACUCCAAAACAAUUGAUUCUUUGCACGUCGGCUCCCAUUUCUGAGUGUCAAGAUUCGAUUCUGCUAGGAAUCCGCUUGGAAUCGACUCCUAUGAUUCAGUAUUUUUGUAACGGAGGAGACUGAUUAGUUGCCAUAUUUCCGAGAACACAAACACUUGCAUCUUUCAUAGUGCACUAGUGAAGGACGGAUAGAGAGGGGAGGGGCAUUGUAUAGGCAGGUCAGCCACCAGGCAGACAGAAUCAGAACCGUGCACUGGGCCUAUCUAUCGGCAAUCAAAAGCUGUAUCUCGCAAUGGAAUGCUGUACCUCGUAAUUUGUUUGCUUGCAAUGUCUUGCAACUUCAGUAAAGCAGGGCCUAUCAUCAAUGAAUAGGCUAGGAUAUUGAGAUGAGCAAGGUGCAACACACACAGUAUCUGCGCAUGUGUACAGGUUCGCUUCACGCUGUUCACAGCGUGUUAGCCAGGUCUUAGUUGCUGUGGAAAUUGAUUCACUAUGUCGUUUACUUUCUGCGUCUACUUCAUGUCGCUGAGUCUACCUUUAAAUUACACUUUCCCCAGGCCUUUAUAGCCUAUCGUCUAGUUAGGCUAUAACACAGAAAAUAAUGUUUUGUGAUAAUUGCACUGUGAUUUUAAUUUUGUGGGGGGAAAAAACGGUUAAGGAUUUUUCUUAACUUUAAGAAUCCCAAUUUCGUUUAAAAGUUGAAGUGUUCACACCCCUAGUAAGUAGUUCAGUGGGUAGGUCAAUUGUUGGGUUUGGGGGUGUGUUAGUGGCUGUGUGGACAGAUGGGUGGGUUGAUGGGUGUGUAUAGCGGGCAAGCAGGCUCACUCAUGUCAAAGGUUGUGUUCUGUCCACACUGUGUGUGCAGAAUGCCUUAUAGGCCUCCCCAAAUUAGAUCCACAGUGUACGAUCUAAACAAAAUAUCCCCAGCCAAGCUAGAAAACAAUCAAACUAAAACUUCCCUAUCAUCUCUGGCUAACACCACCUACAUGGGAUCAAGCCACUUAUGCAAUCCGUUGGCUCACAUGCUCCAAAAUGACCUUUCGUUUGAGUCUUGUGGUCUUGUGAGCUCUGCUUUUAGCCUGGCAUCUUCUCUCCAUCUGGUUAUACUUUAUCCACAUCCUUUCUAGUUUAAAGGGAUAUUUCACUUUUUGGAAGUUUUAUCUUAUUUUCAACGUACAUACCUGUUGCCGUUUCAUCCAAAUUGUGUUAGUUGGUUUAGUUAGUAGAUUCUCAUGGCCAGGGUUGGGUAGUAACGGAUUACAUAUAACAAGGAUUACGUAAUCUAAUGGGGGAAAAUGAAGUAACUGUAAUCAGCCCGGAUUACUUAUUUAAAAAAAGAAGUGUAAUUGGGAUUACAGUUACAUUCUUAAACACCUGAUUACAUUUUGGAUUACUUUUCCUUAUUGAAUAUCAAUAGGAAAAUUUGAUAACACUUUGUCUGCAUUGCUGUCAUUUCGCGCACCCUCAAGACUUUUCACAUGCUCCCAACUCGGCAAGAUUCUAUUGUCCUGAUGAUCGCCCAUCAAGGAUGGAUGGCUUGUUUUGUAUUCCAAUUGAUUUAAUGAAUAGGUAAGGCUUCCAAAACAUUGACACCUGGCCUACUGGUCAAUCAGAACUAACCACUAAUUCUCCUCUGGUGAAUAAGUCCCACAUGAAUUAUCCACACUAUUGCCCAAAAAUAUGUAGUCAAAUGAAUCUAUUGAAAAAAAAUCUGUAAAUUCUGGACCCCUAUUUUGACUUGUAGGACUAAAAUUCUAAAUUCACUGGUUAAGGUUGCACAUCAAAGUAUGUUGAAUCAUGCAUUCCUGCUUGGACAUACAGUAUUUCUUGAAUCAUACCAUUUUAGUACACUUCGAAUGAAGCACUUUUAAACUACAAAAAAAAUGUUAGUAUGGAGGCUGUGUAUGCUCUCUGACAUGUAAAUUAUAGCAUACUACCACACUAGUCUCCAAAUUGGAAAUAGUCAUGUUACUAAAUUAAAUAAUUAGUUGUUGCACAUUUUUAUGCAUGGGUGUUAGAAGUUAAAGUAAUCCAAAAGUAUAUUACUCAUUUUGAGUAAUCCAAAGGAUUACGUUACUGAUUACUUUAUUUUUCAUGUAACUGUUACCAGUAGCAGAUUACAUUUUUCAAGUAAUCCGUUCAACCCUGCUAAUGGCUAGCAUUUUUGGAGAAUGUAGCAAUGCUAGUGGAAAUGGAUUGUAUCAGUUAGUGAUGUGUUCAAAAGCAUGGGGAUAGCGGCACUCAUCAGAGCUCUUUCCUCAUACCUUUGAAUUAGGGUGACCACAUGUCCCGGAUUGUGCGGGACAAUCCCAUAUUUUGGCCCUUUGUCAUGCAACCAAACAAUUAUUUCCCGCAUUUUAUCAACAAAUUAAAACGCCACUAAUUUACAGAAAAUAGUAAAAUAGUCUCAUUUGUCAGUCUUCCCAUUAAUUUGAUAAAAAUUGACAUUCCAACCUGUCUCUUUUGCAGUCAUGACGUGCUUAUGACAAGAUCUCAUAAGGAUGUGGUGGUACUGGUGAUGUUAAACACUUCUCCAAUCGGUGUUGAGAUCUGAUAUUCUGCGCAGCGCAAGACGAAAUUUAGACCAUUGUCAACCAAUCACAUUUUUCAAAUCCUUUCGGGCUAAAUUCCAGCUAAACUUGGAGAGGACAGUUAACUACUUACAAAAAGUGUGCUUCUAACGAAGAGCUCCAAAAGUAAGUAAAUAGACCGAAAGAUAUAAGGUAUUUUAAAUGUGGUCACCCUACUUUGAAUUCAAUGCUAACUGAUACAACAAAAGUGAACUGUCCCUUUAAAUCAUUAAUUUUUUUGUAGGAGUUUGUAUCCAAAAUGGCAGUGUGCUACACUCCGUUAUGGAGACGUGCUGCUGUGAUGUGGUGGUCUUUGUAUGACAACGUGCUACUUUCCUAGGUGGAGCUUUAGCAGAAGGCUUCCAGGAGAGGCUCAAGGAGUUCCAGAGUUUCGAGAGGAUAUUUGAGGCAAGUUCGAGUGUAUGCGUAUCUGUUUGUGUGUGUAUGUGGCAUUUCUAACACCACUCGUUCUCAGCCUCAAACAUGGAGAUUGUUUAAUGAUUAAAUACAAAAUCUCCAACUCAUCUGAAAUGUAUAUGAAAACCCCAUAGUAUGAAGUAAUUAAUUAAAAAUUAAAUGGCAGAACUACAUAGAUUUUUUUAUCUCAAAAUGAAGCACAUUCCAAGCAAUCAAGGUGGAAGUGAAAUCAGUGUGUAGUUCAGUCAAGCCAAACACCAUGGCUCCUCCUCAGGCAAACUCUCUCACUCUGAAUUCUCCGGCCUGGCUUUUGCCAGUGUGACACUGGACUUAGUGUUGGAGCGAUCUGGAGCAUGGCUAGAACUGGCACUUAACACAUCUAUCUUCUAGUGAUGAGGGAAAAAAAUGGAUAGUUACAUAUCGGAAUAUUAUUUUAGUCCGAUAUGAAAUCUAUAUUUGACUCCAAUAAUUGUUUUGCAACUGUAGUUAGCGUUAGCUAGCGCUAGUAGGCUGUACCUGCACCAAAACUCCUAUCUUCUUUUUAAAUAAUGAGCCAACAUGUUUUCAGCACUUUUAUUUCCCUGACUGAUCAAAACUCAUUUUCUCAUGCUCUCUCGUCUCUCUGCAGCAGACAUAUAGUGAGCAAUAUGUUUGGAACAUUAAUUGCAAUAAAAUCGCAGUAUCGAAUGGCAAUACAUAUAGAAUCGCAAUACAUACAGUGGGAAGAACAAGUAUUUGAUACACUGCCGAUUUUGCAGGUUUUCCUACUUACAAAGCAUGUAGAGGUCUGUAAUUUUUAUCAUAGGUACACUUCAACUGUGAGAGACGGAAUCUAAAACAAAAAUCCAGAAAAUCACAUUGUAUGAUUUUUAAGUAAUUCAUUAGCAUUUUAUUGCAUGACAUAAGUAUUUGAUCACCUACCAACCAGUAAGAAUUCCGUCUCUCACAGACCUGUUAGUUUUUCUUUCCACUCUCCACUCAUUACCUGUAUUAACUGCACCUGUUUGAACUCGUUACCUGUAUAAAAGACACCUGUCCACACACUCAAUCAAACAGACUCCAACCUCUCCACAAUGGCCAAGACCAGAGAGCUGUGUAAGGGAUACAAUUGUAGACCUGCACAAGGCUGGGAUGGGCUACAGGAAAAUAGGCAAGCAGCUUGGUGAGAAGGCAACAACUGUUGGCGCAAUUAUUAGAAAAUGCUCCCGAGUGGCGCAGUGGUCUAAGGCACUGCAUCGCAGUGCUAGCUGUGCCACUAGAGAUCCUGGUUCGAAUCCAGGCUCUGUCGUAGCCGGCCGCGACCGGGAGACCCAUGGGGCGGCGCACAAUUGGCCCAGCGUCGUCCAGGGUAGGGGAGGGAAUGGCCGGCAGGGAUGUAGCUCAGUUGGUGGAGCAUGGCGUUUGCAACGCCAGGGUUGUGGGUUCGUUUCCCACGGGGGGCUAGUAUGAAAAAAUAAAAAAAUAAAUAAAAAUAAUGUAUGCACUCACUGACUGUGGAUAAGAGCGUCUGCUAAAUGACGUAAAUGGAAAUGUAAAAUGGAAGAAGUUCAAGAUGACGGUCAAUCACCCUCGGUCUGGGGCUCCAUGCAAGAUCUCACCUCGUGGGGCAUCAAUGAUCAUGAGGAAGGUGAGGGAUCAGCCCAGAACUACACGGCAGGACCUGGUCAAUGACAUGAAGAGAGCUGGGACCACAGUCUCAAAGAAAACCGUUAGUAACACACUACGCCGUCAUGGAUUAAAAUCCUGCAGCGCACGCAAGAUCCCCCUGCUCAAGCCAGCGCAUGUCCAGGCCCGUCUGAAGUUUGCCAAUGACCAUCUGGAUGAUCCAGAGGAGGAAUGGGAGAAGGUCAUGUGGUCUGAUGAGACAAAAAUAUAGCUUUUUGGUCUAAACUCCACUCGCCGUGUUUGGAGGAAGAAGAAGGAUGAGUACAACCCCAAGAACACCAUCCCAACCGUGAAGCAUGGAGGUGGAAACAUCAUUCUUUGGGGAUGCUUUUCUGCAAAGGGGACAGGACGAUUGCACCGUAUUGAGGGGAGGAUGGAUGGGGCCAUGUAUCGCGAGAUCUUGGCCAACAACCUCCUUCCCUCAGUAAGAGCAUUGAAGAUGGGUCGUGGCUGGGUCUUCCUGCAUGACAACAACCCGAAACACACAGCCAGGGCAACUAAGGAGUGGCUCCGUAAGAAGCAUCUCAAGGUCCUGGAGUGGCCUAGCCAGUCUCCAGACCUGAACCUAAUAGAAAAUCUUUGGAGGGAGCUGAAAGUCCGUAUUGCCCAGCGACAGCCACGAAACCUGAAGGAUCUGGAGAAGGUCUGUAUGGAGGAGUGGGCCAAAAUCCCUUCUGCAGUGUGUGCAAACCUGGUCAAGACCUACAGGAAACGUAUGAUCUCUGUAAUUGCAAACAAAGGUUUCUGUACCAAAUAUUAAGUUCUGCUUUUCUGAUGUAUCAAAUACUUAUGUCAUGCAAUAAAAUGCAAAUUAAUUACUUAAAAAUCAUACAUUGUGAUUUUCUGGAUUUUUUUGAUUCCGUCUCUCACAGUUGAAGUGUACCUAUGAUAAAAAUUACAGACCUCUACAUGCUUUGUAAGUAGGAAAACCUGCAAAUCGGCAGUGUAUCAAAUACUUGUUCUCCCCACAGUAUCAUGUCGUCACCUACGUAUCGUAAGGUCCCUGGCAAUUCCCAGCCCCGUUAUCCUCCUCCUAACAUAACAGAGAGAUUUUCCAGGGGCACCUGCUCAAGCACAAUGGUAGCUGCUGUUGUUUGUGGACGUGUGUGUGUGUGCGUGCGUGUGCGUAGAGAAAUGGUAUAGAAAAGAUUUGCAAGAGAGAAAGUUCCGUAGUUAUGCUGCCCCAUACCAUUUACCUCGUUUUGGGGUCGGACACCUAAAAGGAAAGCUGUAGAAUCGAUAGGAGGUUAACUAGAUUCUAUCCCAUGCCACUACAGAUAUGAGUGGUGAACCAUUCUAAUCACUCUAUCUCUAUUAUCCUGUGCUGCGAGAAACACCUCUAGUCUCGACCUCCAUCUCAUCUCCGGACUACUAGUCUCUCCACCAAUCACAAGUCUCCAAACCAAGCCAAGCCCGCCCCUCAGAACCCCUGCUUAGGCCAAUCAAUGUGCACAUUGCCAUCAAUCUGGGUCUUCAUUGCUGAAGUCUAGAUUUGCUUAGGCGAGGAUCAUCCGUUUCUUUCAGUUACAUUUUCAUUCUGUUCACCGUGUCUCAUUUGUUUGAUUCUGUUCUGUUGCCUGCAUUUUGUAUUUUCUGAGUUGUUUUAUGUUUUAAAUAGUGAUCUUCUUUUCUUAGAAUUGUUGUUUCUUGUGUUGACUUUUGUUCCUAUGAUUUUGCUAUUGCUUCACUAACACGUUACUGUGAACCAAGGGGCUGUGGGACUCUAGAUACAGAGCUGCUGACGGCACUUUUUUCACUUGAGCAUUUCUAAGUAACAUUCUUAAAUUGCGGCAGCAGUUGUAUAUCUUGUCCCCUUUCGUCCCACCACAACUGUGUGUGUCCCCACCGUGUGUGUGUGUGUCGCAGCCCCCAGUCACAGUAACGUGUGUGCUAUUAUAUGGCCUCGCAGGAGUGUAUCUCGCAGUCAGCAGUGAAAACAAAGUUUGAGCAGCACACUAUAAGGGCCAAGCAGAUCACUGAAACGGUCAAAGCCAUCAUGGACGCCAUCAACAUCGAGGCGGCAGAGAAGAGGUGGGUGUCCCCCGUUCCAUCCGCUCAUAUCACUCUGUUCUUCCGGGAUGGUCUUCUGUUUAAUCGUACCCAAAUGUUCUGGUAGCACUUUUACUUGACACUUCUAUGUGGUAUUUGUAUGUAAACGGUAACAUUUAUUACUAUUCAAUAUUGUUAUCCGAUAUUUUGGUAUCUGUUGCAAUAGCAGUAUAGUCGUAUGCUAGUAUGGACAUUGGAUCGCAAUCCGUGUACUUCCUGGUCGAAGCACUGACUUACUACUUCCUGUGUCUCACCUUACCACUUCCUGUCUGCCGUAUAGAGUAGCCUCAUUGGAGGACCGUGAAUACCAGAUGGACCGUCUGGAGUUUGUGAAGAACCAGCUCAACCUGCUCAUAGAGGACAUCAAGAAGAAGAUCAAGGCCAUUACAGAAGAGGUGGAGCGCAAGGUAAACCAUGCUAGUCUGAUAACAUGAAUGUUUACAAUAUGUUUGUGAAAUAUGCCCAUCCUAAGCCUCUUAACAGUGCAGGGAAGCCCAACUCUGGCCCUCCAGGGUCAUACUGCCAACUGCAAUUUACGAAUUUAUUACAGCAGUAAUUCUCAAUCCAUUCCAAGGGUUACUCCAAGUGGUGCAAAUAUUUUAUUUUGCCAGGCACUAAAACAGCCGUUCUCUCCAGGUGUCCAGCGCCAUGGGCGAAGAGAUCUGUCGUCUCAACGUGCUAAUCGAGGAGUUCCACUCUGACUUCCACCCCUCACCCCACGUCCUCAAGCUCUACAAAUCAGUGAGUUUGAUUUUCGUUACACCAAAGACUGCCACGGCGGACACAUAGGUCUGUUUUCUAUGGCAGAUUCUCCUUGAAAUUGUAGCGUUGUCGCUAAAGUAACACACAGAGCAUUUAGGUUAGGAGCAUCAUGACUCCCAAUACAUCGUAGUAGUGACCUCUCUUCUAUGCACUCUAUUUCUGUGACCGUUCCAUGACCAUUCCUUGACUCUUCCACCUCUGACCAUGUCCUGCGGUUGCCCCCCCCCCCAAACCACCCCACCCCCGUAUACAGGAGCUACUGAGCCACAUUGAGGAGGGCAUGGGCAAAAACCUGGCCUUCCGCUGCUCCAAUGCCGUCAACGCCUCAGUGCAUACCUCCCAGAGAGACAUGAUCGGUAGGUAGUUGGUGCAGCACGUAACACCACCCCAUAACACAGGCUUUAUUUAGGCUAGCCCUGGUCAUGAUUAGCCUGGUCCCACAUCUGUUAAUGCUGUCUUGCCAACUCCUAUGGUUGGUAUGACAACACAAACAGAUCUGGGUUCAGCUUUGGUCAUGACACAGGCUCAUAGGCUCAUGAUGCCUUGUGUGUGACCAGGCAACCAGUCAUAAAGCAGACUGACAAAGAUGUAAUGGACCUCUAUGAAAAUCAGCACUGGGACUGUUACGCGAGGGAGGAAACCAAUUGUUUGAGGAAAAGUACGCCCAGCGUACAGGAUUUUCCCAUAUUGCUCACUUCUCACCCAUUUAUUCCCCUCAGAUCAUUGUGUAUUUAGACACUGUCAUGGAAAGGAAGGCCCUGUUUAAAUCCUACCUUCUUUUAAGUAAUCUAACACAGUUGGUUAGGGGGCCUAUUCAGAGGGUUCUACUACAUAGCUUCCACUGAUCCAGUUCUGUCAGAUCUCUGAGGACCGCAAGGAACAAGGGAAGCAGGAAGCAUUCAAAGUAUUUGGAUCAGAAGUCAUCUAGACUAUUUCAGUGAAGUCACCUGACUUGUGUCUGUGUUUCCUUCCUUGUUCCUCCCCACCACCAGAGAGUCUGCAGCCUCUGCUGCCCCCUGCUGUUCAGAGCCAGAUACAAAUGCUGGUGCCCAGCCGCAAGUUUGACAUGAGCUACGACCUGAACUGCGCCACGCUCUGCUCGGACUUCCAGGAGAACAUCGAGUUCCAGUUCUCAAUGGGCUGGACAGCACUGGUCAACCGUUUCCUGGGGCCUACCAACGCAAAGCGGGCCCUCAUGCUGGUCGAGAGGAACUUCCAGGUAACGCAGGUAAGACAGAUCCGGGGUGAAGUUUCCCCUAGUUACAGAUCUAGGAUCAGCUUUCCCUCCCCCAGUCCUAACCUUAACCAUUAGUGGGGGAAAUGCAAAACUGUCCCAGGAUCAGGGUCUAGGGGCAACUUCGCGUUAUUCCAGUAAGAUACGAAGGUGAGAAAUUAUGGGGAUAGAUACACUAUAUAUACAAAAGUAUGUGGACACCACUUCAAAUUAGUGGAUUCGGCUAUUUCAGCCACACCUGUUGCUAACAGGUGUAUAAAAUCGAGCACACACCAUGCAAUCUCCAUAGACAAACAUUGGCAGUAGAAUGUCCUUACUGAAGAGCUCAGUGACUUUCAACGUGGCACCGUCAUAGGAUGCCACCUUUCCAACAAGCCACUUCGUCAAAUUUCUGCCCUUCUAGAGCUGCCCCGGUCAACUGUAAGUGCUGUUAUUGUGAAGUGGAAACGUCUAGGAGCAACAACGGCUCAGCCGUGAAGUGUUAGGCCACACAAGCUCACAGAACGGGACCAUCAAGUGCUGAAGUGCGUAGCACGUAAAAAUCGUCUGUCCUCGGUUGCAACACUCACUACUGAGUACCAAACUGCCUCUGGAAGCAACGUCAGCACAAUAACUGUUAGUCGGAAGCUUCAUGAAAUGGGUUUCCAUGGCCGAGCAUAACCCAAAGACCACCAUGUGCAAUGCCAAGCGUCGGCUGGUGUGGCGUAAAGCUUGCGGCCAUUGGAUUCUGGAGCAGUGGAAACGCAUUCUCUGGAGUGAUGAAUUCAACGGACAAAUCUGGGUUUGGCGGAUGCCAGGAGAACGCUACCUGCCCCAAUGCAUAGUGCCAACUGUAAAGUUAGGUGGAGGUGGAAUAAUGGUCUGGGGCUGUUUUUCAUGGUUCCGGCUAUGCCCCUUACAUUUACAUUUUAUUCAUUUAGCAGACGCUCUUAUCCAGAGCGACUUACAGUUAGUGAGUGCAUACAUUAUUUAAAAAAUAAAUAAUAAUAAUUCAUACUGGCCCCCCGUGGGAAUCGAACCCACAACCCUGGCGUUGCAAACGCCAUGUUCUACCAACUGAGCUACAUCCCUGCCGGCCAUUCCCUACCCUGGACGACGCUGGGCCUAUUGUGCGCCGCCCCAUGGGUCUCCCGGUCCCGGCCGGCUACGACAGAGCCUGGAUUCGAACCAGGAUCUCUAGUGGCACAGCUAGCACUGCGAUGCAGUGCCUUAGACCACUGCGCCACUCGGGAGGACCAGUGAAGGGGAAAUCUUAAUGAUACAGCAUACAAUGACAUUCUAGACGAUUCUGUGCUUCCAACUUUGUGGCAACAAUUUGGGGAAGGCCCUUUCCUGUUUAAGCAUGACAAUUCCCCCGUGCACAAAGCGAGGUGCAUACAGAAAUGGUUUGUCGAGAUCGGUGUGGAAGAACUUAACUGGCCUGCACAGAGCCCUGACCCCAUCAAACACCUUUGGGAUGAAUUGGAAAGCCAGACUGCGAGCCAGGCCUAAUCGCCCAACAUCAGUGCCCGACCUCACUAAUGCUCUUGUGGCUGAAUAGAAGCAAGUCCCCGCAGCAAUGUUCCAACAUCUAGUGGAAUGCCUUCCCAGAAGAGUGGUGGCUAUUAUAGCAGCAAAGUGGGGACCAACUCCAUAUUAAUGCCCAAAUUAAUGAUUUUGGAAUGAGAUGUUCGACAAGCAGGUGUCCACAUACUACUCAUGUAGUGUAUGUCAUAGCUGUAGUGUAAUAUGUUAUAGAUAUGAAAUGGGUAUGUCAUAUAGGCAUGUUAUAUGACUUUAAUAGAUAGUUAAUAGUUUUGAUGCUGGUCGACAAGAACCAGCAUCAUGUUGAGUGGUAACACUCCCGGCUCUUAGCACAUGUACUACGACUCCGGAGAUCGGGGUUCAAUCCCAGUGUCCAACUCUCGCACAGUUCAAUCCCCACUUCUACCUUUCUCACUGUUCAAUCCCCGCCUCCACCUUUCUCACUGUUAAAUCCCCGCCUCCACCUUUCUCACUGUUCAAUCUCCACUUCAUCUAUGUCCACCUCUGUUUUCGAUUUUUUCUAAUUAAGCAUCAAAAACAAAACCCAAGGCUAAGGAACAUUCAUUGGUCAUUGGUGAGGAAUGGUGGUGAUAGAUAUGUUCUAGGUGUAGUAUAGAUAUUUAAUAGAUGUGUUAUAUGACUGUAAUGGAUAUGUAGUAGAUAUGUUUUAGUGUGUAAUGGAUGAUGUAGAAUAGACAUGAUGUCGAUACCACUUUAAAAUACAGUAUCAACCAAACCUAUCAUUCUCCAACAUUAGGCCUGUAAACUUAUUUUUCCCCUUCAUAUUCUGGCCUUGUUAAAGUAACUGAUAUGCUGAUAUUUGUAUAUUUUGAAUUCAAGCUGAUAUAUAUAUAUAUAUAUAUAUAUAUAUAUAUAUAUAUAUAUAUAUAUAUAUAUAUAAUUUAUAUUGAAAAAUACAAUGAUAUACCUUAUUUAUAUAAGUAUUCAGACCCUUUGCUAUGAGACUCAAAGUUGAGCUCAGGUGCAUCCUGUUUCCAUUUAUCAUCCUUGAGAUGUUUCUACAACUUGAUUGGUGUCCACCUGUGGUAAAUUCAAUUGAUUGGACAUGAUUUGGAAAGGCACACACCUGUCUAUAUAAGGCACCACAGUUGACAGUGCAUGUCAGAGCAAAAACCAAGCCAUGAGGUCAAAGGAAUUGUCCGUAGAGCUCCGAGACAGGAUUGUGUCGAGGCACAGAUCUGGGGAAGGGUACCAAAACAUUUCUGCAGCAUUGAAGGUCCCCAAGAACACAGUGGCCUCCAUCAUUCUUAAAUGGAAGAAGUUUAGAACCACCAAUACUCUUCCUAGAGCUGUCCACCCGGCCAAACUGAGCAAUCGGGAGAGAAGGGCCUUGGUCAGGGAGGUGACCAAAAACCCGAUGGUCAUUCUGACAGAGCUCCAGAGUUCCUCUGGAGAUGGGAGAACCUUCCAGACGAACAACCAUCUCUGCAGGCACUCCACCAAUCAGGCCUUUAUGGUAGAGUGGCCAGACGGAAGCCACUCCUCAGUAAAAGGCACAUGACAGCCUGCUUGGAGUUUGCCAAAAGGCACCUAAAGGACUAUCAGACCAUGAGAAACAAGAUUCUCUGGUCUGAUGAAACCAAGAUGGAACUCUUUGGCCUGAAUGCCAAGCGUCAUGUCUGGAAGAAACCUGGCACCAUCCCUACGGUGAAGCAUGAUGGUGGCAGCAUCAUGCUGUGGGGAUGUUUUUCAGUGGCAGGGACUGGGAGACUAGUCAGGAUCAAGGGAAAGAUGAACGGAGCAAAGUACAGAGAGAUCCUUGAUGAAACCUGCUCCAGAGCACUCAGAACCUCAGACUGGGGCGAAGGUUCACCUUCCAACAGGACAACGACCCUAAGCACACAGCCAAGACAAUGCAGGAGUGGCUUCGGGACAAGUCUCUGAAUGUCCUUGAGUGGCCCAGCCAGAGAUCGGACUUGAACCCGAUCUAACAUCUCUGGAAAGACCUGAAAAUAGCUGUGCAGCAACGCUCCCCAUCCAACCUGGCAGAGCUUGAGAGGAUCUGCAGAGAAGAAUGGGAGAAACUCCCUAAAUACAGGUGUGCCAAGCUUGUAGCGUCAUACCCAAGAAGACUCGAGGCUGUAAUCUUUGCCAAAGGUGCUUCAACAAAUUACUGAGUAAAGGGUCUGAAUACUUAUGUAAAUAACAUAUUUCUGUUUUUUAUUAUUAAUACAUUCGCUAGAAUAAAAAAAAAAAACUGUUUUUGCUUUGUCAUUACUGUGUCCCUCCCUCCUGUCUUGUUUAGAUGACACGCUCCCUGUCCACCACGCCCUCCAGCGGCCCCUCCAGCAUGGCAGUAGCACAGCCCCAGGAACCUGUGCUCUCCCAUGAGGAGCUGAUGAUGUCCAUGGCCACCAACCUUGCCUCCCUCACCUCCCGCACCUCCAUGAGCGUGGUCAUCGUUGGAGGAGUGGUGCGUAAUAGUACUUCCACCCAAUCUGGCAACCCGUUUGUCAUUAUAAUGGGUAUACAGUACGGACCAGGCUCUAUACAUGCAUCAAUACAUCUCAAUCCAUCUUAAAUGAAGUGGCAGAUCACUUUAUCUAGACUAUUUGUUUUAUAGUGUAGAUAUAUUUAGCACACACUAAAAUAAAAUAUCGUCUUGAUAGAGUCCUGGUAUAUUGUAUAUGUGCGGAUCUAUACAGAUGUGUAACCAACACAGCAGAUGUAGCAGAUUAAUAUGGGUGCUGCUUUCCAUACAGAGUGAAACUACAAACAAAAAAAAACCACCUCCCUCUUACCCGUGUGUGUGCUAGGUGUGGCGGACGGUGGGCUGGCGGCUCAUAGCCCUGUCGGCCGCCAUGUACGGCCUGCUCUACCUGUGGGAGAAGCUCACGUGGACCACCAAGGCCAAGGAGCGUGCACUCAAGCGCCAGUUUGUGGACUACGCCACAGAGAAACUGCAACUCAUCGUCAGCUUCACCAGUGCCAAUUGCAGCCACCAGGUCCAGCAGUAAGUACAGGCUGCAGCUCCAGCCCAGAUGACAUAUUCUGUAUAAAUGCCUUUUCUGGGAAUACGGAUAAGCUUAAAGGGGAAGGUCACCAUGAAAUCUAGGUUUGUUUCUAUUUUAAACCAGUUUUGAGUUAUCAAAAGUGGCUGACAAUCAAUAUUUCCAUGUCAUCAGUUGUGUAGAUCCUGUUGUGUGCAUUAGGACAGGGGUUUUCAAACUGGGGUCAGUAACUGCAGGUGGUCUGGCAUUUUUAAUUAUAAAUAUAUAUAUUUGGGGGAAUUUCUUUAUGUGAAAAAUAAUUAUUUAAUGACUCGCUAACUGCAACAGAAUACCGUUGUGGAUACUAUUUUUAUGUUACUGCGUCAUACGUCCAGUAUGACGGAAGAUAGAAGUAGUUUCACGAGCCAAUGCUAACUAGCGUUAGCACAAUGACUGGAAGUCUACAGGAACAGUUAGCAUGCUAGCUGUUCCUGUUCAUCCGACUCUGGGGAAGUAGAUAAAUGGCUUCAUUGCCAAAAUCUCGAACUCCCUUUAAUAUGGAGGAAAUUAGUCAUUGGAGCUAAUUACAGCUAAACUGUGUAGAAUUUCUGGAAAUUAGCUUCAAAGCGCAAAAUAUUCUCUCAGCUGAAUGAAACAAUUUGUAGAAUUGCAGAAAAAUGUGUUUACAACAGCAACAUUUUAUCUACAGUGCCAAGAUACCGUUAUAGCUAAGAGUUUAUACUUCCUCUUCCAAUGAACUGUGGGGAGGUCAAAAUAAUGACACUGUCUACCAAAUCUAUACAUUUUAAAAUGUUGAUUAGCCUACUUUUACUUGCUAUUAUCAUUCACCUAAUGAUAAGACAUUAUGUUUUUCAAUUUGUUUUGCUAACAUUUGAUGGGUCGCCGGUUUGCCUGGGUGUGGGUCCCUGCUCCCUGCAUUAGGACACAUCUACAGGCCUCAAUCCCAGUACAGUAACUGUAACUAAUGGUUGAGCCUCGUAUGUAGAUGUUUCUAAACACUCUUGCUUUAUGAACCGAUUCACUACUGAUGUAUUAAGUGCGAAAUUCUGCUGAAAGCCAAAUCUAUGGACCUCUGCUACCCUCCUUCCCUCCCCUUCCCCUCUCUUUUCUGUGAAGUGGUGAAUAAAUAAGUGAUAGAGCGCUUUGACCUUUGUGUUGCCCAGGGAGAUGGCCACGACCUUUGCGUGGCUGUGUCAGCAGGUGGACCUGACACAGAGGGAGCUGGAGGGAGAGAUCAGCCGACUGACCGCCAAGGUCCAGAUUCUGGAGACCGUCCAGAGCCGCUCCAAGACCCUCCGGUCAGUCUAGCUACCUCCAAUGUCCAGUGUUACCCCAUACCAUUCAUUGCCCCCUGGAUAGCUCUAUUUUUCCAUCCCCAAUGCUUUUGAUUUAACAAUUUUAUGCUUGUGGUGCUUUGGUAGCCUUUGUGUCUUGCCUAGAAAAAUGUAUUGUCACAUUUUGUCAUUUAUUCAUUAUUAGCAUAUUUUCAACCUAACUUCUGUUUCCCCUGAAGAAGGGAAGUGGGACCUUCACUUGGGCGUAUUUAUAAGCCUGCUACGUUAGGUUACUUCACCAUUGGUUGUAUUGAGGGUUAAAGUUCAGAGAUAUACCCUUUGAACUGAAUGCGUGUAGUUUUGUAGUUUUACUUGAGUUGAACAGCAUUCAUUUAUUGUCAGUAAACCUCAACAUGCUUCAUUUGGAUAGGCAUUUUCACCUCAUUAUAAUUGGUUCUACAUCAAUAUUCUGCCAAUAGAUGCUGGUCUAUGUGUAAACAUAUUUUUCUAUAUGUUUUCAGGCACAAAGCCACAGAGUUGGAGAGGCAAUUGGAGACUUUUACAGACCAGUAUCUGAAUCCCCAUCAUUGAUGGACUGGGCUUCUCUCUCUGGCUCUACUGGCUCCCCUGGCGCCUCAGUCCUAGCUAAUGGCAUUGACUCCCCCCCCCGACCUCCCCUCUCCACUCAGAGAAAAUAGGUCCACCCUCAACAAUAUUGCUCCUGGGAUUCCCCCACCUCCGAACAGAUGUUUCUCGAAGAGAUUUGUUGAAGUGUGUCCAGUUUUCCACACUUUAUAGAAGGACUUAGCCGAGAACAAACUGCCCAUUUAGUUCAACAAACCAAACUGCCUGUAAUACAAAUACAAACUCUGUAUAACUGUGUGAAUCAGUCGUGUGAAUACGGUUCCGAAGGUCGGGACAUAAAACCUUGGUUGGCAUGAGAUUGAAGGUUGGGUGCUGUAUCCUGUACAGUGACACUACUGCUCUUAUAACUGUGAAUAUGCCUUUCACUAACUCCUGAAGUAAAUGGGUUUGUGUGUGUGUGUUUCUUUUUGUAGACAUAAAUGUAGGCAUGUGAUUUUCAUUCAGAGCUGAAUUUGUUCUGGUUGACCCUUGGCACUGGUACCCCAUUGUAAAAAUAUAUAUAUGUUUUUUGUGAAGGACCCACAUAAAUUCAGAGGAAAUCCAUUUGACUUCAGAAGCAACAAUCAAAAUUACUAAUGUCCGGCUGAGGAAAUACCCCAACAAAAAACUGUGUAUAUAGUGUUUUGAUAAGUAGAAGCAUUUUAUAACUUCCUCUGCCGAUUCAACUAAUUUGACGUGAGAAUACAUUUGAACAAUCUCCACUUUGAAAAAAGUGUUUUCCUUUCAUGAUUAUUAUUAUAUUAUAUUAUAUGAUGAAUGUGAAUUGAAAUACAUCCUGAUUUACCUGAAUCUAUUAAAGUAAUAUGCUAUGUCAUUGAUUCUGUUGAUGUUUGAGUAGCGUUUGCUGUAGAAUCUCUAAUGGAAACAACAUGAAACUGAAGAUGAAGGACUUGCAUUCUUAGAAGUGGAAAGAGGAUUUAACAACUGCACUCAAAAAGAAAAGCUUUUACUGAAUGGUAGAUGGUCAGCAUUCAAGCAA